AUGGCCCCCGGCAGCCGGCGCGGGGGGCCCCGGCUGCUGCCGCUGCUGCUGCCGCUGCUGCUGCUGCCGGCGGCGGGCGGCGGGUGCGCGGCGGAGGGCGGCCCGCUGGAGCCCUUCGAUGCGCUCUACGCCAGCGGGGUGGAGGCGUACUACGGCGGCGACUUCGCGGGCGCGGCGCGGUGCCUGGAGCGGGCGCUGCGCAGCCGGCGGGAGCUGCGGGCGGCGCGGCUGCGGUGCCGGCGGCUGUGCCGAGCGCAGGUGCGGCUGGAGGAGCCGGGCCCGGGCGCCGGAGGGGACCUGCGGUUCUUCGGCUCGGUGCUGCGGCGCGCAGAGUGCGUGCGGCGCUGCGAGGAGCCGCGCCUGGGCGCCGUGUCCCGGCACCGCGCCGCCGAGGAGGUGCGCGCCGACUUCCAGCGCAGGGUGCCCUACAGCUACCUGCAGCGUGCGUACAUCCAGUUGAACAAGCUGGAGGAGGCAGCAAAUGCAGCUCACACCUUCUUCAUGGCGAACCCUGAGCACAUGGAGAUACAGCAGGACCUGGAGAACUACAAGACCACGUCAGGGAAGGCCACCUUGAUUGACCAGGAGGCCAGGCAGCACAUGGAGGACUACAGUGCUGGGGUGAGGCACUACGACAGGGAGGAGUACGAGCUGGCCAUUGAGCUCCUGGAGCGUGCCCUGCAAGGAUACUACUCUGAGGAUGAGGAUUGCCAGCUCAUGUGCGAGGGACCGCAGAGGUUUGAGGAGCACGAGCACCUGGAUUACAAGGCUGGUCUCUACGAAGCUAUUGCAGAUCACUACCUGCAGGUGCUGGCCUGCAAGCACGACUGUGUCCGGGAGCUGGCCACGCGCUCGGGCCGCAUCUCGCCCAUUGAGAACUUCCUGCCCCUCCACUACGACUACCUGCAGUUUGCCUAUUACAGAGUUGGUGACUAUGUGAAAGCCCUGGAGUGUGCCAAGUCCUACCUGCUGUUCCACCCGGACGAUGAAGAUGUCCUGGAGAAUGCAGGUUAUUAUGAGGGUCUCUUGGAAGGCACAGUGGAUCCAGCCACCAUCAAACCCAGAAAGGAGGCCAGAGCGCUGCUGCGGCGGCACAAGCUGGAGUCCCACCUCCUGCGGGUGGCGGCGGCCGGGCUGGGAUUCGCCUACACGGAGCCGAACUACUGGAACAGGUACGGCGCCCGCCAGGACGAGCACAGUGUCCCAUCAAGCAUCAGCAGUGAACCCGAGGAUGGGCCCCGGCUGUCCCUGACAAAGAAACCCAUGCCAAAGCCAGAUCGAGAGCUGAAGGAGGGGGGCCCUCUUCUCUACAGCGAUGUGAAGUUUGUCUACAACUCUCAGCAGCUGAAUGGCACCCAGCGAGUGCUGCUGGAUAAUGUCAUCUCGGAGGAGCAGUGCCGGGAACUGCACAGGGUGGCCAGUGGGAUCAUGUUGGCUGGAGAUGGUUACAGAGGCAAAACCUCCCCCCACACCCCAAAUGAGAGAUUUGAAGGAGCCACUGUCCUCAAAGCCCUCAAGUAUGGCUACGAGGGCCGUGUCCCUCUGAAGAGUGCCCGGCUGUUCUAUGACAUCAGUGAGAAGGCUCGCAGGAUUGUCCAGUCCUACUUCCAGCUCAACUCCACGCUCUACUUCUCCUACACACACCUGGUGUGCCGCACCGCUCUCUCUGGCCAGCAGGAGCGCAGGAAUGAUCUGAGCCAUCCCAUCCAUGCUGACAAUUGCCUCUUGGACCCCGAAGCCAACGAGUGCUGGAAGGAACCUCCUGCCUACACCUUUCGGGAUUACAGUGCCCUCCUGUACAUGAAUGCAGAUUUUGAAGGUGGCGAGUUCAUUUUCACCGAGAUGGACGCCAAAACUGUGACAGCCUCCAUCAAGCCCAAGUGUGGGAGGAUGAUCAGCUUCUCGUCGGGCGGUGAGAACCCCCACGGGGUGAAGGCGGUCACCAAGGGCCAGCGCUGCGCUGUGGCUCUCUGGUUCACCUUGGACCCUCUCUACAGAGAGCUGGAACGAAUCCAGGCAGACGAAGUGAUUGCAAUGUUGGACCAGGAGCAUCUAGGACCCAGUGAAAUGAACAUCAACCCAAAGGAUGAGCUAUGAACUAGGCCAAAGACUUUUUCUAUUAAAUAUUUAUUUAAUAUUGUUAAUCUUAUUAGAACCCUUCUAUUUUUGUACAGAGAUGCUGUAUAAAUUAACAGGUUAAUAUGAUUGUGGAGUUUCAGGAAUGCCUCUUCUGUGUUUAGCACAGCUUUUGCUGGAACCCUCAUCCCUGUGCCAGCAUCUCCUGGUGGGGCUGCCUCUGCUUCCAGCAUUCCCUGUUUUUCUCUAGCACUUCUCAGGACUCAUUCAGGCCCACUCUACCCCCUUGGAGAACCCUUUUUUUUUUUCUCAACCAAAAGUAGUUGCUUCUCUUUAGCAUCUGCUAGAGAAAACUCUCAGGUGUCCUAAUGCACCAGUCUUCCUGCUCUGCUUCCUACUGGGGGAAACUGGAGCACAAAAACUGGAGUUAUGACUGUCUCACCAUUUGAAAUAUGCCUUUUAGGGGAAAAAACAAAGGAAAACCCAAGUCCUAGCAAAAUGGAGAUUUCUCUGUAGGCACGUGGAGCUGGUGUUUGCGCAUUAAUUCUGAGCAGAGCUUCUGGAAAUGAGCUGCUGAGCAGGGCCAUGAGCUGUGCACAGGGAGAAGGGACGUGAUUUGCAGCUGACUCUAGUGAAAUAGGGUCUGUCACUCAUGUUCAGUCCCUUCUCUUGCUGAUGUCCUGGGAACUGAAGGAUGCUGCUUCACACUGCAUCCUUUGAGCUUCCAGCCCAGUCUGCUGCUGGUAGAACCCAGAGUUUGUAGUCACAAUUUCUGGGUCCCUGUUGGAAAGCAGCCUAGGAAGUUACAGUGCCAUGGUGUUGGGUGGUCAUGGUGUAGCUCUGCACUCUGAAGGUCCUGGCUGCAUGCUACCAUCC